CGCCCCCGAAUCCAGCUGCAGAAGCGGCCGCCACCUCCAAAGCACAAGGUGUCUCGUCUGAAAAGAAACAUGAGCCCCAGGGAGGCUGAGCGACCCCGGCAGGGCUAGCGGGAAGAGCUCCGGGCAGCGCUCCGCGAUCAGGGGGUGCUCUGCCACCGAGGAUUCUCACGACCUGUUCCUGAGAUCUUGGCUUCACGUUUUCCUUGCCUUUCACUGCUUCCCCCCCAGCAACUCUGUCUCCCCAAAACGGAGCCUUUAUAUCAAGAGAAGGUGAGGGGGCUGGGGCAACCAGGACUUUCCCGGGCACCCAAGAUGCGCUCCAUUAGGAAGAGGUGGACCAUCUGCACCAUAAGUCUGCUACUGAUCUUUUAUAAGACAAAAGAAAUAGCAAGAACUGAGGAGCACCAGGAGACGCAACUCAUCGGAGACGGUGAAAUGUGUUUGAGUCGAUCACUUGUCAAUAGUUCCGAUAAAAUUAUUAGAAAGGCCGGUUCUUCAAUCUUCCAGCACUCUGUAGAAGGUUGGAAAAUUAAUUCCUCUUUGGUCCUGGAGAUAAGGAAGAACAUUCUUCGUUUCUUAGAUGCGGAACGAGAUGUCUCAGUGGUCAAGAGCAGUUUUAAGCCUGGUGAUGUCAUACACUAUGUGCUCGACAGGCGUCGGACACUAAAUAUUUCUCAAGAUCUGCAUAGUCUCCUUCCUGAAGUUUCACCAAUGAAAAAUCGCAGAUUUAAGACCUGUGCAGUUGUUGGAAAUUCUGGCAUUCUGCUAGAUAGUGAAUGUGGAAAGGAGAUUGACAGUCACAAUUUUGUAAUAAGGUGUAAUCUAGCCCCUGUGGUGGAGUUUGCUGCAGAUGUGGGUACUAAAUCAGACUUUAUUACCAUGAAUCCAUCAGUUGUACAAAGAGCAUUUGGAGGCUUUCGGAAUGAGAGUGACAGAGAAAAAUUUGUGCAUAGACUUUCCAUGCUGAAUGACAGUGUCCUUUGGAUCCCUGCGUUCAUGGUCAAAGGAGGAGAGAAGCACGUGGAGUGGGUUAAUGCACUAAUCCUUAAGAAUAAACUGAAAGUGCGAACUGCCUAUCCAUCAUUGAGACUUAUUCAUGCUGUCAGAGGUUACUGGCUGACAAACAAAGUUCCCAUCAAAAGACCGAGCACGGGUCUCCUCAUGUAUACACUUGCCACAAGAUUCUGUGAUGAAAUCCACCUGUAUGGAUUCUGGCCAUUCCCUAAGGAUCUGAGUGGGAAAGCUGUCAAAUAUCAUUAUUAUGAUGACUUAAAAUAUAGGUACUUUUCCAAUGCAAGUCCGCACAGAAUGCCCUUAGAAUUUAAAACAUUAAAUGUGCUACAUAAUAGAGGAGCUCUAAAACUGACAACAGGAAAGUGUGUAAAGCAAUAAAGCACAUUUGAAGACUUACAAACAAACUGAAUAUGCACUUCUUUUCUGAAGAUGCUUCCUAAGAUUUGAAAAUAGGAUCCAAAACAAGACUGGGUUUCAGCAUCCACCAAUGAACCGGAAGGUGAUUAAGGACGUUCAUGAGAAAUUCACUACCAGCUGAUGAAAUGCCUGCAAAGUGCUCUAAAAAUUAAAUAUUUUGACUUCAAGGGUCCUAGUAAGUGCCACUUCCACUAAGAACACAGUUUGAAUGUAUAAUCAGUAGUGUUUACAAGAUCCAACAAUGCACUUGUCAUUAGUUAAUGAAGCAAAUAUGUUCAUCACUGUUGGACUGCCACUGCAAUGCCAAGCACAUCAGAAGAGGAACCCAGGAACACAACUCAGCCCUUGGGGAAAUCAAACCACCAUUGUCAGAAGAAAUCAAAAUGGAAAAUAUCUGAGCAGUGAAAUCCACAAGAUUAAACAACUCAAGCAAAUGCCUUCGGUCAGGACGCUAAGUCUGAUCAUGAAUUUUAUGUUUUGUUUCUGUUUUUGCUUUGUCUUCUGGAAUCUCUUUUGGCUUAGAUAUUGGGGUGCUUAGAAAUCAUUUCUGAGAUAAAGAUGAAUGAGAUAAAUAAUCUUCAAGUAUCAUUUUUAAAGUUCUUGUAUUUUUUUAAAGAUUUAUUUAUUUAUGCAUACAAGAACUGGGGUACAGGCCAGAUGUGUGGGGGGUGAGAGGAUUCACCAGAGACAGGCUGGGGAACAGAGCAGUUAGAUUAACUGAAAUACAAGGCAGAGGGGAGCAACAAGUGAGUCAGGAGAGGUCUGGUGCGCCAUGUGGGUAGCUCCCUGGCUGGCCAGGGAUUGAACUCAUUCUUCAGUGGCUGUGGACAGUUUCAUAGGUUGCAUGUUAACCCCUUGCGCCACCAGGGAGACCCAAGUUUUGUUUCUUAAAGAGCAGUCACACAGUGACUUUGUAAAAAAAAUUAUUUUGCACAACUCUAGACCUCCAGAUUUUUUUCCCAGUGGUGUAGAGGGUACCAGCUAAACUGUACCACUCAGUAAUCUUGAGCCGUUCUGAUGGAAUGGUGUUCUGUCAUCUGAGAUGGUAAAAUUAGCAGAAAAAUGUACUUUUGGUACCAAAGAUUAUACUGGUGUUUCUACACAGCCAUUCUUCUUUCAUGAAUAUAUUAAUAUAUUAUUAUGCUACCAAUGUGAAAGUUUUCUCUAGAUACUUAAAUUUUUUCAAAGUCAAAAUUCAUUUUUGUUCGAAAGAAGGCUUCCAUAACUUUUACAUUUCAUAAUUAUUUUGUGGAAGCAUUUUAUCCCUUCUAAUAAGUGUUUGAUUAAUAGAGCUGAAAGGUGACUUCCAGUUCUUUGAUAUUCCUCUUAUUAUUCAAAUGGAAAGAUUGUCAUGCCCUUUAUAUCUUUGUUAAAUUUCUUAGUGCAAAAAUAAUAUGAUUAAUAGUGUUGUUUCCAUACAGAGGGGAUUCAUCUUAAGAGCUUUGACAAUAGCAUUCUGUUUCUGUAAUUUGCACUUCAAAUGAAUUAGGUUGACUAAUAUUUUUUCUGUAGUUAAAUGCAUUUGCAUUAUCACGUAAAUGUGUUUGCAAAGAAACACAUGACCUUAUUGAUGAAGCGAUUUAAAAAUUUUCUGACAUUUGACUGACCUAUAGGUCAGUUUUCUGGUAACUUAUACUAUGCUGGUAGGUCAUUCUAGUUGGUGUAUUCUUUCUUUAGAAAGCAGAAGCACUGUGUUUCCACUUCUACUUUUGGCCUGAAAUAACUUAAAUGACUUCUUGUUUCUUAGAGAAGGCAUCUGAAAAAAGAAGAAAUAGCAUGGGGAAUGUGUAUGUUUUGUUUCUUAGGGAGGACAGUCUGAAAAAAAUAAUAAAAAGCAUGGAGAAUAUAUAUGUAUAGACAUAUAUAUACACACACACUAUCAUAGAAAAGGAUACUCACAGUAGUAUUGUUCUCAAUAUGUUAAUAAUAUGCAGUAUUAUUCUUUAAAAUUGAUAGACCCUUGGGAUAUAGAAAGCUGUAUUUUCUGACAAGUCAUAUGUCUCUAAGAAAACAAAAUGGACUACAUAAAGGGGGGAUAUAGCUUAAAAUGGAUAGACCAUGAUAUAAUUUCAUCAUUAAGUCUUUGAGCUAGGAAAAUAUACAAAACGAAUUGGGUACAUGUUCCGAAUGCAAGAUUGAAAAGUCUGAUUUUCUCAAAUCAAAAGUAGGUGAGUUAAAAACCGUAAUUUGACUAACUGCGAAUAAGUUGGUUGAGUAACCUUUAACUUGAAGUCAAAGAUAUCUUGAAGUCACAAGUACAUUCUUAGGUAAAAUCCAUCUCAAAACUCAUUCCAAGUAUGUCUUGAAAAAAGCAGCAGCAGGUACCUUGCCAACUUUACUGCUUUUUCAGCAAAUGUAUUUAAACAAUUUUAAGGCCACAACAAAAGUAUCCCAGUCAUUCACUUUUCUGUGCAUUGGUGUUUAUCUCAUGGAUGCAUUGAGUAGUGCCUUUUUAGCUUCUCAUUGCUGUGUUGCCCUAUGCUUUGUGUUCUCGAAAUAUGUUGCCCAGUUCUGAAAAAGUUCAGCUUCUAAAAAGGGCUUCAGUAUUGACUGAGACUACUUUUGUUCAUCUCAGGGAACCUACAGUACUCAAGAAUGAAUUCAAUUAAAGGCAUUUAGUGUUCAAAGAAGACAAACUGUACAAGACCAUUUCAUUCCCUACUGUAUAUCUUUCCAUCUCCCCUCCUCCUUUCUAGCUACUGUGGCCUUCUUAUCGGAGAGGGCAAGGAGAUCAUGGAAGGCUAACAGCAAGAAUAAGAAAAUAAUUGAGGUCUAACUGGCAAGGGGGCACUAAGGAGCAUGAUAAAAUCCGAUUAUAAACACGUACUUGAACUGUCUGGGUUUUAUUCUUUUAAAAUUAUCAAAUGUUCACAGGUUUUUUUUUUUAAUUUCUUUUUAUAUUUAACCCUGUACCUGGCAAUGCUCAGGCAGCUGAUCGUGAAAUAUUCCUGUCCUUUAGGGAACAUGAUUGUUAUUGUGCUGUUAACAUGAAUAGGCCAUGGAAACAUUUCAUCAUUAUUACCCAGCCUGUUCUAUACUUAAAAUUAAGUUGUUGAAAUGAAAAAAAAAAAAAGAAUCAGUAAUAGAUUUUAUGGGCAAAUCUAAUGAUUCAGCCUGUGGAUGAUUGAUUCAAUUAUUGUGGAAGUUUUUCUAUCUGAAAGAAGGUGCUGGGCAUUCAAAUGUCUUUAUGUAUUGUAUAUCAUAUGAAAUGUAUAGCAAUUGCUAAUGGGAAAUUCUAUGCUUAUAGAAGCAAUUUAUUUAAGUAAUGCUAUGGGUAGUGUACAUACCAACUAGUUAUUAAGCUACUACAUGGAAAAGGGUGAACAAAGUAAUUUAUUCCUUAUUGAGCCAGUUAUUCAUAAUGCAUACAAUGUGUUAUUUGGUUCAUAAAAGAGUUGUUUUUAUGUGGUUAUUGUAGGGAGUAUCUAUACUUGUGAAAGGGUGUAAGAAGAGUUAUGUAUAGUUAGUUGUUACCUCUACAAGUUUGAAAAUUUUCCCAUCAGAUAUUAUUAAUAUAGAAAUGUUUUAAAAAUUGAGAGGGAUAUUGUUUGUAUUUGAUAAAAGAAAAUCCAAAUAAAGCCCAUCUAGAAAUAGAUAUUUUAUUAUAUAUGUGCUAUAGAUAUAUCUAUAUAGUACAAAGGACAUGUGUGAUGCAUAUAUACAAUGUUAUAUAUGUUUGUGUGUACACACACUGAAUCUGUAAUGUGCACACUCUAGAUUUGUGUUAAGUUAGCAUCUUUAGAGGCUGCACAGUCAAGCACUCUGGAGAUAAGACCACUUUAGAAUAAGAAGUUCUUUUGAGACUUCAGUUACUAACCUGCUUUAAGAGGGAUCUUCUUUAUAAUGGAAUUCAUGUUGUUCAUAUCUAGAGUUACAGUAAGGGUCUAGUCUGUCCAAAUCUUAACAAAGAAAAAAAAGAAAAAAAAGUCUUUAAAUCCAGUUUUCAGAUUGUGGCUCCAGGCCCUGUGUCUCCCAUUUAAUCAGCACCUUUUAAUAAAUACUAUUUCUUUGUGUAGGCAAAAGCACAAGUGUUUCAAAUGUAUAUAGCAGGAAAAAAGAGUUUACAGAGAUAGCAUUGCUGCACAGGAGAAUUGCUACUGAGUAAUUGUUGUAUCAUUGUGGCACUGAAAGGUGAGGUUUAUUCUGUCAAGUACAUUCUGUUUAACACUGUUGCCCUAUUGUUUACGUAUAGCAACUGGGUGUUAUUAUUUUAUCAUUUGUAAAAUUGUAAAAUAAAUUAAAUAUUGUUUUUUUUCCAUUUUUCUCCUAUCUCGUAUAUCAAAACUCUUGGUUUCACUUGAUAAAUCAAUAUAAUGUGAUAGCUUUUAAUAAACUUUAGCUAGUGUGUAUGUGUUUUUUUUUUUCUUUCCUGCCUCAUUUACCCCCAACCACUGGGAAUUUUUCAAGUAAUUUAUUAUAGGUGUAUACAUGGGAAUAGGAAUAAUAUCAAAAGCCCCAUGAACAUUAAGAAAACUGACAAUUUUGGUGUAGUGCAUUUUGUUUAU